GCCGGCGGCCAUGGGCGGGAGCCGGAGGCGGCAGCGGCAGCGGCGGGCCCCGCGGGCGGGGAGGCGCGCAGCCCCCGGCCCCUGACGGCCCCCGGCGUCCCGGCGCGCCCCCGCGCCUCGUGGGGGGCCGUAGCCCAGCAACGCCCGGCGCGCCCGCCCCUCCCCCGCCGCCUUUCUCUCCUGGCCGGGUGCGAGGGAGCAUGCCCGCGCCUGGCCGCCGCCAGUGCCCAGUGACCCCGAGGGGCGUGCGGCCGCCCCUCCCCCGCCCCGCGCGCUCGGCGAUGGCCCCCGGCCCGGGCCCGGGACCCCGGGUCCCGCGCGGCGGCCAGUGAAAGGCGUUUCCCGCGCGUGCCUCCUUCGCUCGCCCGCCAGCACCAUGGGAUGUAAUAUGUGCGUGGUCCAGAAACCGGAGGAGCAGUACAAAGUGAUGCUGCAGGUGAACGGGAAGGAGCUCUCCCGGCUGUCUCAGGAGCAAACCCUGGAGGCCCUGCGCUCCUCCAAGGAGCCCCUGGUGAUCCAGGUGCUGAGACGCAGCCCCCGCCUCCGGGGGGCUGGCUCCUGCCAUGACCUGCAGCUGGUGGACAGUGGCACUCAGACCGAUGUCACCUUCGAGCACAUCAUGGCGCUGGGCCAGCUGCGCCCACCCACCCCACCCGCAGUCAUCCUGGAGCCGCCAGCCCGAGAAUGGCUCCCUGCUGAGUGUACUGGGUCCAGCCAGCCUGGAAGCUGGGGCGAGGCCAGGAGAGGAAACGGCCUGCUGAUCCCCCUUCUCCUGGGCAGCCCCCCCAUCAGCCAUGAGUAUUAUGACCCAGCGGAUUUCAUGGAGGGCGGCCCGCAGGAGGCAGACCGUUUGGACGAGCUGGAGUAUGAGGAGGUGGAGCUCUAUAAAGCCAGCCACCGGGACAAGCUGGGCCUCAUGGUCUGCUACCGCACGGACGACGAGGAGGACCUGGGCAUCUACGUCGGAGAGGUGAACCCCAACAGCAUUGCAGCCAAAGAUGGCAGGAUCCGCGAGGGGGACCGCAUAGUCCAGAUUAAUGGUGUGGACGUCCAGAACCGGGAAGAGGCAGUGGCCAUUCUGAGCCAGGAAGAGAAUACCAACAUCUCCCUGCUGGUGGCCCGACCCGAGAGCCAGCUGGCCAAGCGUUGGAAGGACAGUGACCGGGAUGACUUUCUGGAUGACUUUGGCUCGGAGAAUGAGGCGGACCUGCGUGUGCGGAAGCUGAAAUCCCCCCUGGGCCAGCAGCCUGGAAACAAGGAGGAGAAAGGGGCCCCCGAGGCGGGCUCGGGCCUGAGCAACAGCCAGGAGCUGGACAGUGGCGUGGGCCGGACCGACGAGAGCACGCGCAACGAGGAGAGCUCGGAGCACGACCUGCUGGGCGACGAGCCGCCCAGCACCACCAACACCCCCGGGACCCUGCGCAAGUUCGGUCCGCAGGGGGAGGCGCCGCCACUGCAGAGCCGCGACUUCCACUUCAGCAUGGACUCCCUGCUGGCCGAGGGCGCGGGGCUGGGUGUGGGGGACGUGCCGGGCCUCACAGACGAGGAGUCCGAGCGCUACCGGGAGCUGCUGGAGAUCAAGUGCCACCUGGAGAACGGCAACCCGCUGGGGCUCCUGUUCCCGCGUGCCGCGGGCGGCCACAGCGCCCUGGACGUGAACCGCAACGAGAGCCUGGGCCACGAGAUGGCCAUGCUGGAGGAGGAGCUGCGGCACCUGGAGUUCAAGUGCCGCAACAUCCUGCGCGCGCAGAAGAUGCAGCAGCUCCGCGAGCGCUGCAUGAAGGCGUGGCUGCGCGACGAGGAGAGCCUGUAUGAGCUGGCGGCCAGCGAGCCCAAGAAGCACGAGCUGCCUGACAUCUCCGAGCUGCCUGAGAAGUCCGACAAGGACAGCACCAGCGCCUACAACACGGGCGAGAGCUGCCGCAGCACCCCGCUGCUGGCCGAGCCCCUGCCCGACAGCCCCCUGCGCCGGGGGGCGGCCACCGGCAACUCCAACUUGAACCGGACCCCCUGCGGCCCUGCCGGCGCCACUCACGCCAAGGCGGCGCCCGGGAGCCCGGCCAAGUUCCGCUCCCUCUCCCGCGAUCCCGAGGGCCGGAGACAGCACUCGGAGGAGCGCAUGCCCCGCAGCCCCAAGGCAGGGGGAACCCUCGAGCGCGUGGGCCCCGAAGGCAGCCCUUACCUGUCCCGGCGCCACCGGGGCGCGGAGAGCGAGCACUACCACAGCUGUGUGCAGCUGGCCCCGCCACGCGGCCUGGAGGAGCUGGGCCCCGGGCCCCUGGGCUUGGCCAGUGGCGCCCGGGUCGGGGGCGCAGCCGCUGCAGCCCCCGAGGCGCCCCGCAUGGAGUGGAAGGUGAAGGUGCGCAGCGACGGCACCCGCUACGUGGCCAAACGGCCCGUGCGCGACCGGCUGCUGAAGGCGCGCGCGCUGAAGAUCCGCGAGGAGCGCAGCGGCAUGACCACGGACGACGACGCCGUGAGCGAGAUGAAGAUGGGCCGCUACUGGAGCAAGGAGGAGCGCAAGCAGCACCUGAUCCGCGCCCGCGAGCAGCGGAAGCGGCGCGAGUUCAUGAUGCAGAGCCGCCUCGAGUGCCUGCGCGAGCAGCAGAGCGGGGACAGCCGGGCCGAGCUCAACAUCAUCGCGCUCAGCCACCGCAAGACCAUGAAGAAGCGGAACAAGAAGAUUCUGGACAACUGGAUCACCAUCCAGGAGAUGCUGGCUCACGGCACGCGCUCGGCCGACGGCAAGCGGGUAUACAACCCGCUGCUGUCCGUCACCACUGUAUGAGGUGUCCGCGGGGAGCUGCCGGACCGUCCGCCUGCCCUGUGCCCCGUAGAAUCCAGCGGCUGUGUGCGCGCAGGACUGGUGGCCCAAGAGGUCCUCCAAAAGGACCUUUCUCCUGCCAUUGGCGCUGUGAGCACUUGGCUAGUCAGCUUAGAGGCACCCCUCCGGCUGCGCGCACAAGCACAUGCCCAGGGCCUGGAGCCAGGGGAGAGGCUGCAGAGGACUGUCUGAAGCACAAGAGGACAUCUGGGGCCAAUGGGCCACAUAGCCUCACCGCUGCCGGAGCCUGUGAUUUGUAGACAGAGGAACCCUGAUUUUUGUGGAAUUUUUCUCCCUUUCUGUGCUUGCCAACCCUUGUUUUUGUUUUGUGGCCCUGCCUGGGGCUGGCAGCCUGACCCAAGGUGGAGCCCCCAGUGAUGGCCGGGGAGA